AUGAAUCACACACUUGAUAUUUGUAAUUAUCGAGAUUGUCAUGAUGGAGUUUGGACUCAUGGAGAAGAAUGUGACAAUGGUAAUUCAUAUGGUUGUAUUAAUUGCACAAUACAAAAGGGAUAUUAUUGCAUUAAUCUCAAUGGAUAUCCAUCAUAAUGUUCAAGAUGCAUUGAAAAUUGUAUACAAUGCGAAGUUGAUAGAUUCUGUUUAGUAUGUAAGGAUGGAUAUUUUUUAAAUCCAAAUCACUAAUGUUAGGAAUGUAAUGUAGAAUGCAGAACCUGCUUUUAUCAACCAAAUAACUGUUCAUCUUGUAAAAUAAAUAAUUUGGGUUUCCAAUCAUGUCACUUAUGUGAAAUCAAUCGUGGAUAUUACACAGAUUUUGAAAAUAACUAAUGCUAUUCAAAGUGUGGAGACAACAUCAAAACAAUAUAAGAACAAUGUGAUGAUGGGAACAAUUUCAACGGAGAUGGUUGUUCUUCCAAAUGUCAAAUUGAAGAUGGUUUCUAUUGUAGUAUUGAUGGUCAUUGUGACACUCUUAUAUAAGGUGAAAUUCAAGUAUCUUAAUAAUAGUUCAAUUUUAAUGCACCAUCUAAAUAGUUUAUUAUUCAAUUCAAAAACUAUGUUUUGAAUUCAGAUUCUGAAAUAGUACCUAUUAUAUAAUUUUUAAAUUGCUAAAUUAAUUAAUCCUUGAUUGUGGUUAAAUAGAAUAUCACAGAAGAAAAGUACUUUUAGCAUAGAGUUAUUGAAAUAAACAUCGAAUUUGAGAAUAAUUGUAUUAAAGAUAAAAUGGAAGUCAGUAUUGUUUAGAGGUAUAAAAACGAUAGCAAAAAAAGUAUCCUUUUAUCUUUUCUGACCUUUCAAAUAUUUGACAUUUUAUUCAUUGAAUAAUGGAAAUAACUAUUUAAUGAAAUAAUGAUCUCCUUCAAUCAGACCCUAUUUUACAUUUUUGGUUUUGUGUGUUUAGCAACAUUUAUAACUGGAACAAUAGAAGUUGUUUAUAAUGCGAUCGAUCUAAUCCAAAUGUUUUCAUAUUUAAAAUAUAUUAAUGUAAAUUUACCAUCCAAUUUAUAAAACUAUUUUGACCUAUUUAAAUUUGCUUAAUUACAGUACUUUUCUAAUUUCACAAAAUAAGUGGCUCUGACUUUUUUGACUCAAAAAGAAUUAGAAUAAUAUAAUUUCUUGCCAGAUAAAAUUAAGAGGGAUGGAUAUUACUCAUAUUGUCUGUUGAAUUACCCAUUUUUAUUUCUACUUUUUGUAUUUGUCAUACUGUUGUAUCCUAUGGCUAAAUGGUUAUUAUCAUAAUUGCAACGGUUUUAAGUAAGAAUAAAGGAAGAUGAUGAUGAUUCAAUCCUAUUAAAAUUAAAACUCAUUUAAUUGCAUAUAAAAUUAUAUAUUCAAUAAUCCUGCCAAUACGUAAUCAACAAACUAUACUUCUCAGGCUUCAUUUCAACUCAUAUGAUAUUAACCUAUGACAUUCUAUUUGUCUCAUUACUCAAUCUAUUUGAUAUUAAAUUACUAUCUGCUACUAACAAUGCCUUUAUUGCAAUCAACCUGUAUAUAGCCAUCCUCUUGACAACUAUCCACUGCUUACUAUUAUUCAUUUACUACUCAAUGCUUGCCAAACAGACAUACUUCCUGGAAUAAAAGGGAUAUGUUCGAAGAUGCGGCUCCCUCUUCGAAGGUCUUAAAUUAAGUACAACUUCUUGUACUCACUUCUAUAAACUGUUUACACUCAUUAAAAAAUCAUUGUUUAUGCUUCUGAUAACAUUUUGCUCAUCCUUCCCCUAUUGUUAAAGCUUAUCUAUAUCCUUUUUGAGUUUCAUCCAAGUACUCUAUCUAUUUAAUUAUAAACCAAUCAUUUCCCUGAUAGAAUAUAGAAAACAAUUGAUAAGUGAAUCUUGUGUAUUAAUAUUAUCCCUACUCAUAACUUUAAUCAUACUUAUGCAUGACACCCAUCAAGAUAUGUUAUUCUACUAGGAUAUUAUAGGCUGGUGUUCUAUAAUGCUAAUGUCUUUAUUGUUACUCUUUUAAAUAAUUUUGGACAUCAGAUAAUAAUUCCUACUAUGUCAAAAACAGUUUAUCCUAUUUCACAAUAUAUUGAAGUCAAUCUAAACUAAAAUACAAAAGGCUUUUGAAAAUUUGAAUGCAACUCAAACUAAUGCAAAUUCAAAUGUGGUUUUAUUUUACUGA